AUGCUUACAUUGAUAUUAUUUACAAUUAUUAUUAUUCUUGUUUUGACAUAUUGUCGUGUUAUUUUUCAACGACAACAAUAUUUCAAAUUAUUAAAUAUAUCCGGUCCUAAAUCUGAAUUCUUUUUUGGUCAUUUACGUCAAAUUUGGAAUGUUAAAGUAUAUUCACGAAAACUACAAGAAUGGACAAAACAAUAUGGUAAAAUUUAUGGUAUUUUCGAAGGAACACUACCAAUUUAUGUUGUUUCUAAUCUUGAUUUUAUUGAACAAGUUUUUAUUAAACAAUUUUCCAAUUUUAAUACUCGAAAAUCAGUCAUUAUCACAAGUAUUUCAAAAGGAAGAAGUACUCAUUUAGUUAGUGCUGUGGGUCGAACAUGGAAACGUCAACGAUCGAUAAUUAAUCAAACAUUUAGCGCUAUAAAAUUAAAACAAAUGUCACCGUUGAUGAUCGAUUGUGUUAAUGAAUUGAUGAAAAAUGUUAAAAAUGAAGAAUUUAAUAUAUAUACUUUAUAUAAACGAAUGGCAUUGGAUGUUAUAUGUCGUUGUGCUUUUGGAAUUGAUACAAAUAUGCAAAAUGAACCAGAUAAUAUAUAUUUGAAAAAAAUUGAUAAAAUGUUUUCACCAGAUAUUCUUAAAAGUCCAUUAGUAAAAUUAUAUUUAUUGUUACCAGAAUUAAGUAGUUUAUUUAUAAAUAUAUUUUUGUAUCAAAAUCGUAUACGUGGAAUAAUAAACAAAUUUCUUCCAACACGAUAUAAACUAGAAAAAAUGCCAUUUGUUUGGAUAUUAGAUCAAAUCCAUGAUAUUAUUAAAAUGAGAUUAAAAACAGAAAAACAACGAAUAGAUUUAUUAAAAUUUAUGUUAGAUUUAGCAACUCAUGAAGAUAUAAAGGAACAAGCAGACAACGGUAUUAAUCAGUCGAUACCAAAACAAUUAGCAUACGGAGAAGUGCAACAUAAUGUAUUCUUUUUUAUGGUGGCUGGCUAUGAGACAACUGCAGUAACGCUUGCUUAUUGCACGUACGUUUUGGCUAAUUAUCCCAAAGUACAAGAAAAAUUACAAGAAGAAAUUGAUCAUCAUUAUCAUAAAGAAAAUGAUAAUUAUUCUGAUUAUUAUAUUAUCAGUAAUAUGGAAUAUAUGGAAUUGUUUAUUAAAGAAGUCUUACGUAUGUUUCCAGUAGCAAUAUCACAAACAACUAAUCGCCAAUGUGUACGAGAAACAACAGUUUGUGGUUAUCAAAUAGCUAAAGGUAUAAUUGUUCAAGCAGAUGUUUACAGUAUUCAUUAUGACCAAGAGUUAUGGGGUCCUGAAAAUGUUAAUGAUUUUUGUCCUGAAAGACACUUAAUAAAACGGCAUCCACUCGCCUGGCUUGCGUUUGGUGCUGGGCCACGUAUUUGUGUUGGAAUGCGUUUUGCAUUAAUCGAAAUUAAACUUUUACUUAUGAAUUUAUUAAAAGAAUAUACAAUAAUCAAAUGUGAGAAAUUAGAAAAAAAUUUCAAUGUUAUCGAAACGAUAACCAUUGCACCAGAAGAAGUUUGGAUUAAACUUGAAAAACGUUAUUAA